UAUAAAUGAAGACACGUAGAGACAGAGAACGAAGCAAAUUCGAAAACGCAGAAGCAGAGCCUCCGACUCUGACGAAGGAAGCAGCAACUGCAUCAGCAGUUUCUGAAAUCUGUCAAUACUAAAAAAUGGCUGGGCAGUCGAGGAAAUGGAUGAUUCUGGUGGCGACUAUAUGGAUUCAAGCAUUUACAGGGACGAAUUUCGAUUUCUCUGCGUACUCAUCAGAGUUGAAAUCGGUGCUGGGGAUAUCUCAGGUGCAAUUGAAUUACUUGGCAGUUGCUUCUGAUCUUGGGAAGGUGUUUGGAUGGUCUUCAGGAUUGGCUUUGAUGCAUUUUCCAUUAUGGAUAGUUCUUUUCAUGGCUGCUUUUAUGGGAUUCAUUGGCUAUGGUUUUCAGUGGCUUGUCAUUACAAACGUCAUCGCUUUGCCUUAUAUCCUGGUGUUUCUCCUUUGUUUGCUGGCUGGAUGUAGCAUCUGCUGGUUCAACACUGUAUGUUUUGUCCUCUGUAUUCAAAACUUCCCAGCUAGCAGAUCCCUAGCUUUAUCCCUUACUGUAGGCUUCAAUGGUGUUAGUGCAGCGUUAUACACUCUUGCUGGCAAUGCAAUAGAUUCAUCAUCAGAUGAUAUAUAUCUUCUUUUAAAUGCCGUUGUUCCCCUUAUCACUUCCAUUGUAGCAUUGCUCCCAAUUCUUCGCCAACCAUCUUUAGAUCCUCUCUCUCCUGAUGGAGUUCGCCGUGAUUCCCUCAUAUUUCUCAUAUUGAAUUUCUUAGCCAUCCUCACAGGAAUCUAUCUCCUUCUCUUCAGUUCAAACACAUCUAAUUCAACAAGAGCUUCUCUAUUCUUAGCUGGAGCAAUUUUCCUUCUCAUGUUCCCAUUGUGUAUCCCUGGUGUUGUUUAUGCUAGAGACUGGUUUCACCGUAACAUUCAUUCUAGUUUCCGCCUUCAAGGCUCUGGCUUCAUUCUUGUGGACGUUGAUGAUCUUGAGCUUCAUAAAGAGCUCCUUACCCAUGAGAUGAGUAAUCACGAGAAUGGGGAUGGAAUCAUCAAUGGGGUUGCAAGACAGAAAAGCUCAAGCCAAAAAGAAGGGUGCUGUGAGACAAUGGUUGGGAAAGAUAGACUGGCAAUGCUUGGGGAAGAGCAUCCAGCAUGUUUGCUGAUACGAAGGUUGGAUUUUUGGCUAUAUUACACUGCAUAUUUUUGUGGAGGCACAAUUGGCCUUGUGUACAGCAACAACCUAGGCCAAAUAGCACAAUCACUGGGACAAAGCAUGAACACUACAACUCUUCUCACUUUGUAUUCAGCCUUUUCCUUUUUUGGUCGAUUGCUGUCUGCUGCACCGGACUAUUUACGGGUGAAGAUGUACUUUGCAAGGACUGCAUGGCUAACCAUUGCUCUUGUGCCAACUCCAAUUGCUUUCUUCUUUCUUGCUAUAUCAGGCAGUCCACUGGCAUUGAAGAUAGGUACUGCAUUAGUUGGAUUGAGUUCUGGGUUCAUAUUCGCUGCAGCUGUUUCGAUAACAUCUGAGCUAUUCGGACCGAACAGCAUAGGUGUGAACCAUAACAUACUUAUUACCAACAUUCCAAUAGGGUCACUUGUUUAUGGAUUUCUUGCUGCUAUCGUGUAUGAUUCUAAUGCAAGGAGUAGUGGCCUAGGCAUCAUUACUGAUUCUAUGAUUUGCAUGGGGAGGAAAUGCUAUUUCUUAACCUUUGUGUGGUGGGGGUGCCUUUCAGUAUUGGGGUUAGGUUCUAGCUUGCUGUUAUUCUUAAGGACAAGGCAUGCCUAUGAUCAGUUUGAACGGAAUAGGAUUACACAGCUGUAUUAAGAACAUUUGAAUUUUUAUGGAGAGAGAUCAUAGAUUUGAUGGAAUUCAAUUGACAAAGGAUGCCUAGUAAUUUAGGGUUAGAUUAUUGCAUGGAGGAAAAAGCUUGUAUAGCUAUAUAUUUCGAUGUUGUAAUGAUGCUAAAGAUUUUGAAAUCAUUACAGAGGAAUCAAUACUUUUGAUUUUAAUUCA